AUGUCACCCACUGUUGUUGCAGGGAGGAAUAAAAUCCAGCGGGCUUACCAGGCUGAAAUGGAGCAUUGUGUUUCCUGGGGCACAUUACUGAGUGUUAAGGCGACUGGCGCGGGGAUUCUGCGUCGGUUUCUGCUUGGCCUUGGGACGCAGAUUAUUGUGCAAUUGUCUGGGGUCAAUGCAAAUUCCUACCAUCUUCCCACUGUGCUAGUUAGCUUUUUUGGUUUGGAUGAAAAGCUUGCCAGGCUGUUAAUAGCCGUUGGCUUUGUCCACUACAUCUUCUUUUCGUACCUGGGGAUGAUGUUAAUCGAUAAGUGGGGUUGUCGUGGACCUAUGCUACUUGGUUCAUCUGGCUGCUCUCUCUGCUACUUCGCCUUAAUGUUCCUCAUCCGCGCAAACCAACUCACAGCCAAACACCAGGAAACAUACAACUACGGCGCCGCCUCGGUGACAAUGAUAUUCCUCCUCUACGCCUUCUUCGGGGUAGGUUGGCAAGGAACAGCAUGGCUCUACAACACAGAGAUCGACUCGCAAUACAUGCGCAUGACAGGAUCAUCAGCAAGUGUGACCGCACAGUAG